AUGGCACUUGAGCUCAUAGUAUUUGCCUUAUUCCUCUCACUCGCUGUCGCUAUACGUCGGUGGGUCAGCGUACCUCCGGAGCUCUCCCACAUCCCACAAGUUCCUAUCUUGCCACUGCUUCACAGCUACCUAUCUGGCGAGGUCGAGGAGCAGAGGGUCAAAAGGGUCAUCCUUCCUUUCGCUCAAAAAAGCCGCUCCAAUGUAGUCCUCCUCUUUUGUUUUGGGGAAUGGAUGGUGCACGUCCUAGACGCAAAGGACGGAAAACGGUUCAUGGAGGACAGAGCAGUCAGGAAGCAGGCGGUCCCAGAGACCAUGCUUCUGUGGAGACUCACAGGCCGCCAGAACGUCUUCACAGCAGAGGGGGAGAUGUGGAGACGUCACGCCAAGAUCGUCCAUGAUGCGCUGCACCGUACAACGCCAAUCGAGCAGUUCGCAAGCCUGGCCAGAAGUAUGUUCGAAAUGAUGGGAACGGGAGGACGGAUUCGCUGGAAUGACUAUACGCAUCGUUUCACACUGGAUGCCGUCGGAACGACAGUCAUUGGACACGACUUCAAGGCGCUUCUCAAGCCGGACGGCCCCUUCGUCCAGAAGUACCACGAGGUAAUGAAGGCCAUCUCGUCUCCCCCAUACAUCUUCAUUCCAUCUCUCGAACGCUGGCUCCCUCGCACCAAAGUAAGGGCCCUCGUAGACGACCUUGUCGAGGACUUCAGAUUGCUACUUGCCCAGAAACGUGACGAUCCGGGUAAUGACAUGAUCACGUACAUGUUCGAAGACCCAGAGAUGACCGAGACCGAGUUUCGGGAUAACGUCAUCGUCACAUUCAUGGGCGGACACGACACGACUGCUGGCGCACUCUCCACCCUCGUCUACCUUCUUGGCGCAUAUCCAGAGGUGCAAACGAGGGCGCGUGAGGAGGUCCUGCGGAUCAUGGGGAAGGAAGAGCCGAGGAUGGAGCACUAUGCAAAGAUGCCUUACCUGAACGCCGUUAUCAGGGAGUCCAUGCGAUACAACAAUCCCUCUAACGUGACCAUACCACGCGUUGCCAGCAUCCCCUUGCACAUCGGCUCCUACGUCGUCCCGCCCCUAACACCGAUUGUCUUGAACAUGUGCGCUAUCCUUCACAGCAGUAACCUGUGGUCAGAUCCAGAAAAGUUCGAGCCAGGACGUUUUCUGAAGACAAGCAAAGUCGAAGAGGGAAGUUGGGUGCCGUUCGGGCUUGGGCCACGCCAGUGUCCUGCACGUACCUUCUCCCUCUAUGAGCAGCGAGUCUUAAUCAGCAUGCUUCUCAGAGAAUACAGGUGGACAGUACCAACAGACUCUAUUCACCAUGGGUAUAUCAAAAAUGCCUUCUCGCCAUUCGCCUUGAGCCUUCCCUACGACGUUUACAUAGACUUUACGCGACUUACGAACAGUACCGAGUAA